AAUCAGGCCACUCACAACACCCCUUCCAGAGGUACAAAGAGGCCGACGUCGACGCCUCAAUUCCUCCACCAAAGAUAGUGCAUCACCAAUUGAAGUGCCACGCCCGUUUCCCCGCCAUAACAGUGCUUGCAUCAUCUAGUUAAGCUGUUUAUUCCCCGGUAUAUCCUUCCAAAUCUGCCCAAGAUGCUUCGGACAUCCUUCACCAAGCUCGCCCGCCCCUCCCUCCUCACCUCGGCAAGAGCCUUUACCACCACCACCCGAGCCAUGGCCGCAGGCGACACCGGGGCUCCGCCGAAGACUGGCGGCCAAGGAGACGCUUUCCAGCGCCGCGAGCAGGCGUUGGAAGACUGGGCCAUCAAGCAACGCGAGAAGGAGAAGCUGCUGGAGCUGAAGAAGAAGCUCGCUGAGCAGCAGGCGCACCUCCAGAAGCUGUCUGAACACAUUGACGAGAUCACCAAGGAUCAGGGUGGCGAGCACAACUAGAGCGGCGACCGACAAGUGUAUCUAUCUACCUAUGCAUUGGUGGUAAGGGUCGUGGCUGCCCUAUAGCUUGGAAGACAGCAGGACAUAGGAAAGCGAGGGAGCUCGGGGCAACUACCUAGUGCAAGACCACGUCAAUCUGCGCGCAACCCCGUUCUUCAUAGGCCGUUGCCUUUACUACCUUAGUUGUACAUGUACAUGGCGUUUCGCACCUCCGUCCAUCUAUCAUUCGCACUGCUCCUCUGCUAUUCCCUCUGUGCUCUGUGAUUCCUAGUCUAGAUGGUAGUCUGCAUGAUUGUUUCGCCAUCCAAGCACUCGGGAAGAUCGUACAGCCACCAUUGAUUACCAGCUUCCCAC